CCCGCUCCGCCUCAGGUAAUAAUUCUAGGUCAUAAUUCAACUGCUCGUAUUUUCUGGAAUGUCCGACCUGUAUUUAGAUUUAACCUUAAAUAUAUUUAAACAAAGUGGACUUCAGUUCAUGUAUGUAUGUCACAGAAGAGCACGACAGUGACGAUGACUCCUACGAAGUGCUGGAUUUAACGGAAUAUGCUCGACGUCACCAUUGGUGGAAUCGUUUGUUUGGCCGCAGUUCAGGACCAAUUGUAGAAAAAUACUCUGUAGCCACACAGAUUGUGAUGGGAGGUGUGACUGGCUGGUGUGCGGGAUUUUUGUUCCAGAAAGUCGGAAAGCUGGCAGCAACUGCAGUAGGUGGUGGCUUUCUUCUGCUUCAAAUUGCUAGUCAUAGUGGAUAUGUACAAGUUGACUGGAAGAGAGUUGAAAAAGAUGUGAACAAGGCAAAAAAACAGUUAAAAAAGCGUGCAAAUAAGGCAGCUCCUGAAAUCAACACUCUCAUUGAAGAGUCAACAGAAUUUAUCAAACAGAACAUUGUGGUGUCCAGUGGCUUUGUUGGAGGCUUUUUGUUGGGGCUGGCAUCGUAAGGACCUGAACGUCUCUUCCGGAUGGGAUCCGUGUCAGCCAAGAUCAGUUGUGACGUGCUGUCUGCAAGCGCCGUGGCUCACUGGGCCUGCCAGAGCAACACAAGAGGACAAGCUAGACAACUUGGGAGCUUUUACAUUUCAGGCUUUUGCCUCUUGAAGCUUGGUAAAACUAGGAUUUGCUGAAAAACUGUGCAGUGUGCUCAUUUAUAGCGUUUCUGGGCAAAACUGGUUCAUCCUCAUCAUGUCUCUUUUUAUCCAUGGCCUUUCAAGAUCUAGCAUUUUUUAAAAUGUUUUUCUUGGAAUAUAGCUAUGUAACCAUACUAUAAGAAUGAAAGCUCCAUUUCUAUGUUUUCAGUUAAAUACUGUUUAUUUAAAAAGUAUUUUUUUCAUGCUGUAGUAGGUAGUAUCAAUGACUACAUACUGUAUAUGAUAUUGUGGUUUCAGCCUCCUGGCUGUCCAUCUUCUUUAGAAGUCGCUGCAAUAAUCUGUAAUACCUUUUUACAGAGUAUUAAAUAACAAAAAAUCAUGAGCUUAUUAAAGGUGAAAAUUAA